AAGCAUCGCUUAUCUACUCAACCAAUCAGACUGGGUUAUGGUGGUUCGGUGAUUCUCCCAUUUUGUAUUCGGUCGUUGUUAUUGUUAUAGUUCGUCGCAUGAUGAAAGAAACCAAAUUAAUUCGAUGUAUCUCAGUAACAUUAUUGAUAUGCCUGAAAAUAGUCCUCUGCAGUCAGUCACAGAAUUCCAUUUUAGUUGGAGGUUGCGCUAUUGAUUCAAAUGUGAAGGUAUGUCAGUGUACAAGAGAUGUUUUGGAAAUUCAAAGGACACGUGUCAUGCCAUUUGGGGUGUCCUGUAUAGUUUAUGAUGAUAAUGUCGAAUACAACAGAAGUUGCUAUGAUAACAGAAAUGAAGUGGUGGUCCACCGCGAAAAAAGGUUCGGUGAAUUCGCAGGAGUAGGUAGUCUUGUGGGGGGAGUGUUUGGUCCGAUCGGUAGGGCCAUUGGUGUUGCAGUUGGACUCGUUGUGGACAUAAUAUGUAUAUUCCUUUGCGGAAAACAGGAUCCCCCGCCAGAAAAUAAACCACCGUACGUUAAAACACCGGCAAGACUUCAUUCGACGAGUACGAUAAUAGCCGGCAGCGGAAAAACAAAUGCGACCGUAUCAUGGACUGUGCCAACAUUUUAUGACAAGGAAGACGCGAAGGAAUUAAAGUACAGAACAACUCCUGCGAAUUUCCGCUCCAAUGGAAUGUAUCCAGAAGGAAGUCAUGCGGUGUUCUUCGCAGCUGAGGACAGUAAAGGGCUUCCGGUGCAGACAGGUUUGCGGUUUAAAAUAAAAGUGAUCCGCUGUGGAAGUCCGCCUUGGCCGGAAUACGGCAAACUAGACUGUACAAAUAGUGAUAAUCGUAAUAUAUUCGGUACGAAAUGCGCUUUGAAGUGUGACAGAGGAUAUAUAUCUCCACGUUCAAUGACACAGUGCACAAAGACUGGAACAUGGAAUCCAUCAAAAGCACUUGAUUGUAAACCUAUCAAAUGUCAACCGCUUCCGCCCAUUAAGAAUGGAAGAUCAUCAUGUCUGGAGGCCGCAUACAAUGAACCAUGUCAAGUUAGUUGCACCCCCGGUUUCAUGGUCAAAGGUGUAAGCCAUGUUAUGUGCGAUGCGUCUGGCAACUGGGGAACAAUGCCACAUUGCCAAGAUACACAACCCCCAAAGUUCGGCGAAGGAGAGUGUCCACGUGACAUGCAGGUUAUCAUAGACUCGCCUAACAACACUGCUUCCGUUAAUUGGGAUAUUCCUAUAGGGCAAGACAAUUCAAAUGAAGCAGUAAUUGUAACUGAAGUUCACGGUUAUAUCCCCGGAAUCAGAUUUCAGGCGGGGAACAAGACGAUUAAGUAUACUAUACGCGAUGCUGCCAACAACAUAGGGGAUUCUUGUGUCUUUAGGAUAGAAAUUCUAUCUGUAACCUGUCAACCACCUGAUCUGGAAAAGGAUGGACGAGAUAUAAUUUUAUACGACUGUCCAAAUUUGUAUACAUUGGGCGCAAACUGCACAUUAGAUUGUAAAGGCGGAUAUCCGUUGGCCGGGGUAAAUACAAUCAGUUGUUUAUUCGACAAACACAAGAAAGCACGUUGGCAUUGGGAUUCGUUUCAACCUUUUUGUAAAGAAACUAACUGCACUAAGUUGCGGGAGCCACUCAACGGAGCAAUUAGCUGCAGUGGAUGGACAUACGGGCAGAUGUGCAUAAUGCAAUGCCAGAAAGGUUUUGAUGUCCCCGCAAGUAUUGAUGGUCAGUUUGUGUGUGGCACAUCAACAGGAAAAUGGAGGCCUUCGAGUAAAGUACCAAAUUGCAAUGUUAAAACCAAAGCACAGAACAUGAAUUUGCCUUCGGAAUUUUAUUACUACACCGAUAAAUGCAACAGCUCAGAUACAAACCUUCUCGAAAUACAGGAAAAUUUUGUAAAAGCAUUAAACUCUUCGAAAUUUUUCGAGUAUUGCCGAAAUGAUCCCAAUUGCCAAGCGAAGUUUGUCGAUAUUUCAUGUGGACCAACAACAUCACGCAGGAAACGAGAUAUCCAACCACGUUCAGAUGCAAAUCUCGCAUACAUAGUUAAUUUCGAGUUUGAAUUACCAUUUAAUGUUCCUGCUGGGAAAAGUGAAUCAGAGGCGUUUGAAGAAAUCGAGAAAUUGCUCUUUCAAAUGGCUGAUGUUGUGCAAGAUGCUGUGGACAACGGUGAAUUUGAUAUGCCAGGGUUGCGCGUGAAAAGCGAUUCAUUCGCUCUUGGCAACGCGCAGUUGAAAUGUGCUAUUGGUAUGGUUGGACGACAAACAACGGGAUCUUGCGUCGGUUGCACAGUUGGACAGUUCAUGUCAACUCGAUCGGCCAGAUGCGAGGAUUGUGCGUUUGGAAGUUAUCAAGAUACGUCAAAUAGUAUUGCAUGUAAAGUUUGUCCACAUCUAACAAACACAACAUCUAUUGGUUCCACUAACAUAUCAGAUUGCAGAGCGUUUUGCCUUCCCGGGCACUAUUCACCUACCGGUCUUGCACCGUGCGCAAAGUGCCCAAGUAGCUACUUCCAGCCGUCUUCACUGGCUACUUCAUGUAAUGCGUGUCCGUCUGGUACAAGGACUAGGUCCGAAGGUGGAACAGCGAUAACAAACUGCACAGAAUAUGAUGUGAAAACACCGGAAAAUGCUGAUAUUUCUCUUGGUGUCAAUACAUCAUCGAGCGAUCUUACGGUUACAAUUUGGACAAUGUUUCGCAAAAACGUACCCCAAGGUCAACAAUUGGUUAUUGCGGGCUUAGAUAGAAUGGAGAACAUUACAAUUGACUUUAGUCAACAGCCACAAGUCAAGAUGAAAGGUAAAGCAAUAUGUACCUCCAGUCAACGUUUAAAAAGGCUCUCGUGGACUCAUGUUGGAAUUGUCAUACAGCCUUUGAGAUUGGAGGUUUUUAUAAACGGGAAAGAAAUUUGUUAUCAGACAUACCUAAAUGAUUUCAGCCAGUUGAAUAAUUUCCGUACCAUACGAUUUAUCGGAGAAACACAGUUGUCUGAAUUCUUUGUAUUUGAUCGACAAACAACUUUCCCGGAGAUGAACAUUUUAGCCGGCACUUGCCGUUCGAAUAUUUCAUCAGCAAUUAUCAACAUUGAUGAUUUGGCUGGCCAGACAGGUGUUAGGGUCAUCAUUCCUUCAAUGUGCGACGCAAUCAACGAAUGCAACAGCUCGCCCUGUGGACGAUUUGAAUGCCAAAAUCAGAUUGGAGGGUUCAAAUGUUUCUGUAGUGGUGGUUUUUCUGGGAGACAAUGUGAGAUUCCCCCGAACUUUUGUGGUGAUUCUGAAUGCAAGAAUGGUGCAACGUGCCAAAAUGACGUCAGUAAUUACACGUGCAUAUGCCCCUUCGGCUUUUACGGACAGAUAUGUGAACAAAAAGCUGUCAAUGGAAACUGGUCGGCUUGGUCCGGGUUUACGGCUUGUUCGGUCACGUGUGGAGGGGGCUUCAUGACGAGGUUGCGAACAUGUGACAGCCCCAAGCCGGACCCGGAAGGGAUGCCAUGCGAGGGAAAUAACACUGAAACAGAGAUAUGCAACGUUGAUGAAUGCCCAAGUUGCAGACGUUUGAGACGCUCAAAAGGGAUCUUCAUACAAUGUAAUGAGUCUCAGGAGUUACAAAGCUGUACAAUCGGUUGCAGGCCUGGACUUUACUUCGCUGAUCCUCCGUUGCCCGUGUAUGAGUGUGGACUUGCUACAGGUUAUAAGUGGAAUCACGAAAACGAAAACAACCCAACAGGCCGCUUACAAUCUUGUUCAGAGCUUAAGCCUCCAUCCCAAACGGGGGCAAUUUUUGAUGGUCAUUAUGACACCAUCCCUUGCAAUGAAAAGAACAUAGAAAGGGUAAAAUUGGAAAUGACAUCCAAACUGUCCCAGAUGGACUGUGUAAAAUCUGGUCAUUGUAUUGCUGAGAUGAAAGCAGAAGAGUGCACGGGUAUGAGAAAAAGACGGCCCAAUAGAAACGGAAUUUCUCUCUCGAUCCUGAUGAAGUCUUCUGGACCUCUGUCUAACGACAGUUUCAAUAUCGUUGACGUGAUGAAAAAUACAUCGGAACCAACGUCAAAGCUUAUAGAUUUUAUCAAACAAACUAUUGAGCUUGAGAAAACUGCGCAGAAAUUAGUCAACGAGUCGGUGGACUUUUUCCAAGUUACAAUCGAUCAUCAAAGCCAUACCGUUGCCCCAGGACCUAAUGGACUCACAACAUCUCCUCACGUUUUUUGUCCAAAGGGAACAGCUCCGUUAGAAGUAUUCUGUGCGGAAUCUCCAAUUGGUACGUUUUCCGACGGAAAAUCUGUAAUCAUGUGUCCAACCGGGCAAUACCAGGACGAAAAGGGUCAGGAAUCGUGCAAGUUCUGUCCAAAAGGCACGACCACUGAAGGAAUAGGGUCAAUUAAUGUAACAGACUGCAAACCAAUAGAGACAGAAACGCAACCUGAAAAGAAGAAGCCCAAUACGCCAGAUGACACGGUUUCGUCGGCAUUAAAGAUCGGGGUGGGUGUUUCAUUGUCCAUACUGUUGUUGGUGAUGUCUGCGCUCAUCACUGUAAUUGCAAGGAAGAAAUGCCGCAGGAGAGAUCGUGACGAUCAUGUGGAAUUAAAUGAUGCCGAUGUUCCGUUUGAGAUACAGUCUCAACCGGAUUUUGAAAAGUCCGAUCUAUAGACAAAAAUAUGACUACUCUUUUUCGUUUCAUUUCGUUUUUUUCUGGAUUUUAAUAUAGAUAUUAUAUAAGUCGCAUUCGAUUUGAGGACUUUCAACACAAUCAAGGCAUGAUUUGAUAAUAAACGACUGUAAGUUUUUGAAAAGUAUGUAUAGGAAAAUGAUAGAGUAAGUUUUCAGCAUGACUAUUGAUGUAAAUCGUCUUGUUUUCAAUAUCGCUUAUUAAGCAACAUAUAUCAUGCCAGUCCUUAACUUUGAUGUGUAUCCAUUGGUGUAUUUUUGUAUAUUUCUAUCACAUUACAGUGUAUGUAAUAAGUGUAUACUACCGAUUAUUGUUUGCGUUAUUGAAUCAUUACCAUAGGCUGUGAGUACGAAAUUAUGUACAUAUUGAUUAUGUAAAAUUUAUGUUUGCUUUCAUCCUGCAUUGUUUUCUUUUCUGUAAGUAAGUUUGUGUAAAAAGUACAGUUCUAUUCGCUGAGUAAGAAAGAAAGGCUUGCCAACGCUGUAUCAAAAUGUCAUACAGUGUAUGUUUGAACAAAAAUAGUUAUAAUAGAUUUGACGUUUCAAAAAAAUAGGGUUAUAAGUGCUGCGUUUUGAUUCGAGAGGAUACGACCCAUAUCAAACACAGUACUAAUUACUCGUAUGCAUUACUAGUUUAAAUCACUUUAUGACAUGAUACUAAAAUACAUUUUAAUGAAGCACGAUUGUUUUUUUAAUAACGUCAUAUAAACAUCGCGAAUUGACACUUGUUUUGACCAUGACAUUCAGUGAAGUGGAAUUAAAUUGUAUACGUCUUCUUGAUUUACAUCUGUUCCAGACUGUUCUAUGUACUAAAAACAGUAUAGAACUCAAGUGUUUCGACGAAUUUUUAAUAUUUUGUGUGUUAUUUAAACUGAAAAAACUAAAUUAUACGGAGACUAAUUAACUUAUUAUAAUAAUUUUUUGCAAGAAAGCAAAUUGAUUGAUUUUACCUCAUAUGUAAACGAAAAAGUUCUAGUGCUCCGAAACUCUCGGUUUGAAUGUCUCAAAACAGUACCAGAUACAGUAAGAACAGUAUAGAACUCAAGCGACGGUAUGUUUGUGAUUUGUGUUUUUAUUUUGUGUUUGUUGAGGUUAAGUAUUACACAUUGUAAAGUGGUGACUGUUUCUUUGUGCUAUGUAUACAUUGUUUUCAUUGUGUUAUUUGUCAUAAUGUCAUUACUCUAAAUAGCACUUCAUGUUGCUUAAUAUAUAUGUUGCAUGGCAUACUUACUUUUAUAGUUAAUAUUUGUACAAUGUUUUCUUAUAUUUUUGGUAUUUUUCUAAUUAAAUUUUUUAUUUAGAUUUAUUUGUGAAAAUGUGCAAAUUACCUUUAUUCAACUUAUACAAUUCUGCUUAUGAAUA